ACACAAGUUCACAUACAAAAAUUCUCAACAAGCUAAAACCCUACAAACCCUUUUACUUGAUCAGGGUUCUUCACAGCAAGAUAGAUAGAAAUGCAAGGCUUGAAGCGACUCACCCGAUCUUCCAUAUCUGCUUCUUCUCAAACCUUGAGGCCCAAUGAGAACAACAAGAAUCUCCAUCUUCUUCCACCAAGCCAGCAUUUCUUAGCUCAAAGAACCUCCAAUCGCUUCUUCGAUUUUUACAAGCUGGGAAACAAAGCGGCUGUAGAGAAAGAGCGGGCUCGGCUUGCAGAUGAGCUUAAUAGGGGGUAUUUUGCUGACAUGGAUGAUCUUAAGAAACAUGGUGGAAAGGUAUCAGAGUCAAAUAAAAUCUUAUUUCCUGCUAUGGUAGCUGUAAAGUUCCCUGACUUGGAAGUAACCUACUCUGAUGGCAAAGCAGUAAAGCUGCCCCUUAGACCCAAUGGAAAUGAAAAUGUGGCUGAUGCCAAUGUCUCAGAUCUCCCUAAGGCAUCUUUAUACUGCCUUUCAUUUCGAGCAAGUGCCCAGGGAAUGAUUGAUUCUUGGAGUGUCCCUUUUGUCGAUGCUUUCAGUGGUUCGAAAGAGGUUCAACUAUUUGAGGUGUCAUUUAUAGACCAGUGGCUCUUAUGUCGGACACCAAUUAAGCAGCUUCUACUUCGGAUCAUGAAGAAACCUAAGCAUGAUGAAAACAAGGAUGCAGUUAAGAGGCAGAUAGUAUAUUCAUUUGGUGACCAUUAUUACUUCAGAAAAGAACUUAGAAUCUUGAACCUUCUGACAGGGUACGUAUUCCUGCUUGAUAAGUUUGGUAGAAUAAGAUGGCAAGGCUCCGGAGUGGCUACACAAGAGGAGGCAUCGUCCCUUCUCUCUUGCACAUCACUACUCUUGGAAGAGAAAUAAGGCAGUUGAAUCUUAUCUCCUGACCUCUAUGUCUUGAGUUGAUUGCAAGCUCCAAACUCAAGGA